AGAAAGAACCAUUAAUAGAUUUUCCUUCUUUUAUAUUUUGGGCAGAAAACGACAACCAAUAAUUUGCCAUCACGUGCUCAACUCCGAUCACCAUCAUACCACCACCCUCCUCUCGCUUCAAAAGAAAAAACAAAAUCAAAGUUUUGGCAUCGAAAUUCGAAGUCUUUUUAAACCCAAAAAACUACAACAAUCAUUGCUUAGAAGUCCGCCAUAGCUAAACACCUCUCUGUUUACCAUCGAGCUUGUCUCAUUUCUAUCGAUAAUCGAAAAACAAUAUAAAACAAGUUCCUUCAUUAUGACGUCAUGCAGUCGGCGCUUGGCUUCCACCGGUGUCGCAUCGGACGGUCUGAUCCGUAUCCGGCUUCCUCCGAGAGCCAUGGUGGCAGCGGCUAAGAUCUCGGUUCUUCCUCGAAAUUGGGGCGAACUGCAGCGGGGGAUCGCUCUCCGGUCGAGGCAUUUACGCGGGCUUGUGCCGCCGGUGGAGGUGGUCGGCGCCGGAGCGGCAUGGGAGAGCUCUUCUGAUGGCGGGGAGGGGGAGAAGGAGAAGGUCGGCGCGUGCUCGUACGCGAUUGGGGAUCAGAGAGUGGCGGAUGCGGCGGCGAGUAGCGGCGAAUUUAAUCGGAGGAAGGCUGUGGAAAUUGUGGCAGCGGCGGCUAUUACGGUGCUGCUCGGAGUCGGAAAUCGAGUGCUGUAUAAGCUCGCGUUGGUUCCUCUGAAACACUACCCUUUCUUUCUCGCUCAGCUCGCUACUUUCGGAUACGUAAUUGUAUACUUCUCUAUCUUGUAUCUACGGUAUCAUGCUGGCAUUGUUACUGAUGAGAUGCUUUCCAUGCCGAAAGCUCCAUUUCUUGCAGUAGGCCUGUUAGAAGCUCUUGGUGCUGCUACUGGAAUGGCAGCUGGAGCUAUUCUAUCUGGAGCAUCAAUUCCAAUUUUGUCCCAGACUUUUCUUGUUUGGCAAAUUCUCCUGUCAGUAGUUUUUCUUGGGAGGAAAUAUAGAGUAAAUCAGCUUUUAGGGUGCUUUCUUGUAGCUAUUGGUGUAAUCAUAACUGUAGCAAGUGGGUCUAGUGCUGGACAUUCAUUGAAAGAAGCAGGUAUAUUUUGGAGUCUUUUGAUGAUACUUUCUUUUUUGUUCCAAGCAGCUGAUACAGUACUAAAGGAAGUAAUUUUUCUUGAUGCUGCUCAACGGCUGAAGGGAAGAACAGUUGAUCUAUUUGUUGUAAAUUCCUUUGGAUCUGCUUUCCAAGCACUUUUUAUAUGCAUACUCUUACCUUUUCUAUCAAAACUAUGGGGUGUUCCAUUUUCUAAGCUACCAAAUUAUCUAAAAGAUGGUGCGGCUUGCUUCUUAAACACUGGUGGAUUAUCCGAAGGCUGUGAUGGAGCUCCGCUACUACCUUUGCUUUUUAUUAUUGUUAACAUGGGUUUCAACAUUUCUUUGCUGCAUCUGCUUAAGAUCUCAUCUGCCGUGGUGUCUUGUCUCGCCUCAACAUUCUCAGGAAUGACUCGAGUGGUAAUCUAUGCUCAAUAUGAUGGGGAAUGGAAGGAUGAGCAAGGGUUGUAUAAAUGGUCACCAAAGAAUAAGGAAGUUAUAUCUAUCAUUGUUGAUGACUCCAAUAUUACUUUUGAGGUGUUAUUGGAGAUAUUGUAUAAGAAGAUUGGGGUGAAUCAAAAUGAUAUCGAAUUGAAAAUAAGUUACUUACCUAUCAUUGCGGGAGAAAAUAUGCCACCACUCAUUUUACGAGGGGAUGAAUGUCUUGCAGCUUAUCUUUUGGAUUAUGGAGAGAACAAUCGUAGAGUUGCACUACGUGUGGAGCUCAUUAAGAGAGAAGAUAUACGUGACAUGGAAGUUGAACGUAGCAUGAAAGAAAAUGAACAAAGUUUAGUAGAUGAGUACUUUGACCGUGAAUUCUACUUUGAAAAUAAUAUUUGUGAUGCUACUUCUGCACCAGGCGAAAGUGGUGUUAAUUUAGGUUGUAAACCUGUGGACCUUCUUAACAAAAGGACAACAUCAUCAUCUCCAACUCAAAAUCACAUUGACCCACUGAACUACUAUGAUUUGUUGGACCACCAUGAUGAACAAAAUCAAGUCCCUAGUGAAGACACAUUUAGUUUCCCAGAUGGGUCAGAUUUGGCAAUUGGUCAAGAAUUCAAGAUCAAAGAUGAGGUAAAAACUAAGUUGAACGAUAUUGCAAUAAAGGCUUGCUUUGAGAUGGAAAUUAAUAAAUCUACCAAGUUAUUAUAUGUGACAAAAUGCAUUGACAAGUCAUGCAAUUGGGUAGUGCGUGCAGCAAAAGUUACCAACUCAGAGCAUUUCUCAAUACGAACUUAUUGUAACACUCACACUUGUUCCCUUAUUAGCCAGAAAAGAAAGCAUCGUCAAGCAAGUGCUGCAGUAAUUGCUAAUGUCGUGGGGUCAAGUUUCGAUGGUCAAAAAGAGACAUCGAAGCCAAAAGAAAUAAUGAUGAUUAUGCAGAACAAUCACAUGCCAAUAACAUAUUGGAAAGCUUGGAAGGGGGAAAAAAUUGCAAACAACCUUCUUAGAGGUUCACUUGAAUUAAGUUUUCAAAAUCUUCCAGCUUACUUAUACAUGGUUCAAAAGAUGAAUCCAGGUACGAUCACACAUUUGGAGGUGGAUGAAGAUUCUAAAUUCAAAUAUGUUUUCCUAGCAUAUGGAGCAUGCAUCAAAGGAUUUCAUUGCAUGAGAAAGGUUAUUCCAGUGGAUGGGACUUGGUUGAAGACCAAGUACAAAGGUGUAAUGCUCAUUGCAACAACACAAGAUGGUAAUUUUCAUCAAUAUCCUAUUGCUUGGGCUGUGGUUGAUUCAGAGAAUGAUGCUUCGUGGUCAUGGUUCCUUACAAAGUUACAAGAACUUAUACUAGAUGAUAGUGAUUUAGUCUUUAUUUUAGAUAGAAAUCAAAGCAUCAUCAAUGGGGUGUCAAAUAUUUAUAGGAAGUCACAACAUGGGCAUUGUAGGUGGCAUUUGUCUCAGAAUAUUAAAGCACGUGUCCGAGUUAAAGGUGUCAUAAAAUUAUUCGAAGAAAUUGCUAAUGCCUAUAAAAAUUCCGACUUCAACAAACUCUAUGAUGAAUUGAAGAAUAGAUAUCCCGUAGCAGUGAAGUAUCUUGAAGAAUCAAAUCUCACACUUAGUAAAUGGGCGAGAUCUCACUUUACAGGCUGUCUGUACAAUAUUAUGACUAUGAAUGGUGCAGAAUCUAUUAAUGCAGAACUAAGGGAACCUAGAGAGGACCCUAUCAUUGCGUUGUUGGAGGCUAUGCAGGCAAAAGUCUCUGAGUGGUUCAACAAUCGCUGCAAUAUUGUGGCAUCUAUCAAUACAAAGUGUACACCUUUAACUCCAAAGGCAGAGAAUAUUAUUCGAAAAAGAUUCAAGAAAGCAUCAUAAAUGAAUGUGAAACAACUUAACUGAUUUGAGUAUGAGGUUACAGGUAAAGAAAAUGAUGCCAUAAUUGAUUUAGGUCAAAGACAAUGCUCAUGUCGUGUCUUUGACCUUGAUCAACUUCCAUGUGUGCAUGCAUUAGCAUCAUAUGAGCAAGCUAGAAUAAAAGUGUAUGAUUUGUGCUCUAAUUAUUAUAAGUUGGAAACUUGGGCGUUGGCUUAUGUUGAUACCAUUUAUCCAGUCCCUCAACAAGAAGAUUGGGAUAUCAAUGAAGUUGAAGUAUUGCCGAAGGUAUUGCCUCCAAAUGUCCCAAUCAAGCGUGGUAGAGAAAAAUUAAAAAGAAUCCCAUCAGUUGGUGAGGGCAAAAAAUGGAUAAAAAGGUGUGGUUUAUGCGAGCAGCCUGGUCACUCCAAAAAAGCAUGCCCCUUACGAGCCACAACAUCUAAAUUGUAAUUAUUAAUGCAUAUGCUUGUUUUGAAUUACUAUGGUUAGUUUAUAUCAUUGUAUUUGAAUUAAUUUAAAUUUUCUUGUGUUUACUUGAGAUGAACCUCGACUUCCAUGAGUAGAGCUCGACCAUGGAUGGUCGAGCUUUUCAAAGGUUGAUAAAUAUUCCAGUAUAGAACGCGACUGACAUGAGUAGAGCUCGAUCGUCAACGGUCGAGAUAUGAAAAGACUAAUAAUAACUUCAUCAUAGAGCUCAACUGACAUCAGUAGAACUCGACCAUGGAUGGUCGAGCUUUGUAAAGAUAGAUAAAUAUUC